AUGACAGGUCGGGUCAAAGGUCACGUUCAAAAGUUCAGUGGGCGGAGCUUAUGUUGUAGUGGGUUGAGCUUGGUUGUGUAACUGACGCAAUAGCAUAUGGAUUUAAUUAUUUAUUUAAAUAUUUUUUUUUGUCUUCUUCCCCGGGGGGUUGGUUGUGUAACUGCUGCAAUGGUAUUUGUAUUUAAUUAUUUAUUUAUUAUUUUAAAUGAUUGUGGCUUAGGGGGCCUGGGUUGGUUGUGUUAGUGCUGCAAUGGUAUUUGGAUUUAUUUAUUUAUUAUUUUAAAUGCUUAUUUUAAAUGUUUAUUAUUUUAAAAUGAUAUUGAGGAGAGUGCUUAUGAGUGUGUAUUAUUUUAAAAAUGAUAUUGAUGAGAGUGCUUAUGAGCGUGUGUUAUUUGAAUAAGUUAUUAUUAUUAUUAUUUUGUGGUGCGCGGGCGGGAGUGAGCGUGGCUGGGUUACCUGAUGGAGCGCGAGCGUACGGUGUGCGGUAGCGUGGUAAGGUCCCCGGGCUUCGGAGAAUCAGCAAAGGACUUAUUCACAUACUGGUGCGGUAGCGCGGAAAGGUCCGCACGGCUUUGGAUAAUCCUCGGAGAGAGCGAUGCGGGAGAGCUGAGAGGCGUGCUGCUGCGCGAGUCUGAGAGAAACUGUGAGAGACUGUGGGAUAAAAUGGUAAAGUUGGAGCAAAGAAUGAGAGGAGGAGGUGCAGGGUCUAUCGUCCAAUAAAAACGCUCGGCGCUAGUUUUGACCGUGUGUUUUUUCCUCACGCAAGCGUUUGUAUCACAUCGGCGUAUGGCGCCAAUUUGUAAAGGUCAUAAGUCGAGACAUACAUCGAGUCUGUCAAUUUGUCCGCCAGUAAAUUCUGCAGGGCCGUGCCACCUGGCCAUCGAGGCGCCCCCCCUACCCGGCCACGCGGGCCAUACAUCGAGUCUGACACUUUUGCCCUCCAGUAAAUUCUGUUUAAAGUUUUGUUUUCACAUACGUCCCAAAUUACAGAUAAUUUUCUUACACAGGCACGAGUAGCAUCAUCAAGGCCGUACCACCUGGUCAUACAUCAAGUCUGACAAUUUCCCCGCCAGUAAAUUCUGUUUAUAGUUUUGUUUGUCAUACAUGACCGUGCAGAUAUGGGGUGACAGAGACAAUUAAAUUGUAUUACGUCGAGCGGGGGGCCUUUUCCUCCUCCUAGAGGCACAACGCCUUACCAAAGUUUGUACCAGCCAAAGAACCACAAGUUUCAUCGAGACCUUACCCGGUAAGUAUAUUAUUUCUUUUAUUCCUGUUAUAAAAAUGCUAUUCAAUUAAAAAAUAACAUUCUAAUAAUAGGUAUUCUCUCUUUUUUUUUCUAUGUACGAGAGAGAGAGACUACGCCGACCGGUCAAGAGAAAAUCUGCGAGAGAAUCAACAGAGACAUUAACAAGCAUGUUAAAUGAAAGGGGUUCUGAAGCAGAAGCGGGGCUACCCCCCACCGACGAGGUCGCAUACGGAGCAACACCCCCAGCGGCUAUACCCGAAGCCUUAUUAAAUGAAAUAGCCAUUAUCAACAAUGCUAAUAAUGAAAAUGAUGCGGAUUACUCUGCUCAACACGACUCGCCACCAGCGGCGUCUGCUGAAACACUGGCCCAGGACCCCUGUUUUCUCCCAUCCUUAGAGACAUUAACAAGCAUGUUAAAUGAAAGGGGUUCUGAAGCAGAAGCGGGGCUACCCCCCACCGACGAGGUCGCAUGGUCCCCCGCGGAUUCUGAAUUGUGGGAGGCCUUGUCAGACGUGGAAUUUCUUCUCGAUGCUGAGGAGAUUGAAAAUGAAUUUGGGCUGGGACAAUUUGAAAAUGUUCAACAGGAAGGUGGCGGUGCCGUCGGUGACGUGGAUCCCCAGCCUGACGGGGUCCUUCAUCGCCGCAGAUUCAAUAACGUACAGAUUAGGCGGAUUCUAAAUAUCCCGCGACCUAGAAACGAAGGCAAUUUCCGCGAGUACUAUGAAAAUGUAAUCGAGGGGUUUCAAAAUAUUGUGAAUGAGGCGAUUCCUUACGCCGUAUGGGGAGCCUAUAUACAGGUCACCCUGCGCGCUGACUUUUUAAACGACGAGCUGUCGCAAAUUGUACGGUAUGGGGUGGGGGAGCUGACAGACUUGCAGCAGCUGCUGGAUCGCCUGGUACAGUCUAAUCAAGAGAUUUUAAACGAUUCCAACCUAGAAGUAAUCGUAGACGUAAUAAAUAUCCCACGCGGCGGCGGCGGGAACAAACGUAAACUACAGACCAUGUUAGCUUCAGAAAUAAUUUCUAAAAAAGCCAGACACAUGUUUAUCAUUAAUAACAACACCAACGCGUGUUUCGCCAUAAACUUGGCGCAUCUGCUGCACGAAAACUUGGCUGACGCCGAGGCUGAAAAGCUCGGCCUGGAGUUACAGGAGAAAGCGGGAUUCAGCCCCGACCACACAGUCGCUUUGAAUGACAUUAUCAAUUUCGAGAAAAUCAUUGAUUGCAAAGCAGUGGUGUAUUAUCAACAACCUUAUUCAAACAAUCUCCAAAUUUACCAGACACCCACGCCUACCGACGGUAGACGGCUGGUGUAUUUCUUUUUACACAAUCAGCAUUUUUACGGCAUUAAAAACGUAAAGGGGUUCUUAGGGGUGGGGUAUGUUUGCACGAGCUGUUUCAAAGGGUUCGACUCGCCUCACAGUCAUCGAACGAGACAAUGA